AUGUACACAGGCACCCUUGACUCGCUGCCACACGAAAAUGACCCUGCUGUCAGCGUGGACGAGCUGUGGCGACGCACGUACGGGCUGGCACAGGAGUACGUGGUCGAGAACGAGCCAGCCGCCGUGCUAGAGCGCAUACACACAGCCCGGUCAGGGUUGCAGAAGACUGCGCUGCUGGCCGCAAUGCUGGACAACGGCGUGCUGUCUGAGCAGGACGAGGCGUGGAGGCCACACGGCGUCUUUGAAUGCAACAUUUCAUUAUUUACAUCAUAUUACACUCGAGCACCUGUACUCCCGCCAGAGCUACCGCGAAAUUGCAAGUCUCGAGCCGCUAUUUGCACGACACACGGCGAUCGACCCUCUCAAACUUCGCAGAGACGACGUGUUCGACGCGUACCAUGCGCUUGCCAUAUCGCUCAUGAACACGGGCCGGUACCCGGAAGCACACAGACAGUUCCUGAUCCUGUUCAAGCUGCCGGUGUGCAGGACGCAGCCGGCCAUCCAGAGCCUCGUCGCAAAGUACACGAUCAACCUGGUGCUAGUCGGGCUCAAGAAGGACGCCAACCUGCUGAAAUACGGCGGCUUUGUGAGCCCCGCGUGCUGCCAGCUGAUCCAGAGCUACCAGACCUGCCAGCCGACAAGUUUUUCCCAGACGGUGGAUAA